AUGGAAGACGAAGAGGAUGAUUUCUACGACCCUGCUGACACGGUGACACCGAGCCAAGCACCAAAUAACACCCAGGAUGCAGCUUUGAGUCAACCAGUUGAGGAGGAUUUCGAUGAAGAAGAGGAGGAGGAGUCUGACGAGGAUGAUUUCAAUAUUAUUACAGAGGCCCCUGCCGACGCACCUCCACCAGAGAUCUCUCAUCCACGCCAUGCAAGCUUACGACAAGAUCCGCAACGACCUACUUCUGCAGAUUCAUCGGCGGUCUCUAAAUCAGCAACCCCUUCUGCUACACCUCGUCCCGAUGCCCCGACACAGCUCCCUGGAACCGGCUCGGUAGCGCCUGGGAAACCUGCCAUGCCCCAGAACCAAAAGCCAGGCUCCUCUUAUCCAGCUAUCCACACCUCUACCAUUGACAUCAAUGGAAACCCCGUUCACCCGUCGACCGGCAAGACCAUCAUGGCUACAGACAUGGACUCAGAUUUCCCGGCAGAUGACAAGCCCUGGCGGCGGCCAGGCUCGGAUAUCUCUGACUACUUCAACUACGGCUUCGAUGAGUUCACAUGGGUUAGCUAUUGCCUGAAACAACAGGAGGUGCGCAAGGAGGUUGGCGACCAGAAGCGACAGAUGGACGAUAUGCAGUCUUUCUUGGGAAUGGGAAUGCCUCCCAUGCCUGGUGGACCUCCUGGUCCCGGUGCCCCUGGAAGUGGCCCACCUGCUAUGCCUGGCAUGCCCGGUAUGCCUGAUAUGUCACCCGAUAUGAUGCAGCAGAUGCUUCAGGGCAUGAUGGCUCAGGGCAUUGACCCCUCUAAUAUGGACCCGAUGACCUUCAUGCAGAGCGCACAGGCGAUGAUGGGCGGUCAACCUGGCGGUCCUCAGGGCCAACCAGGUUUUGGAGGUCAGGGACAGGGCCAAGGAUUUGGACAACAAAGUCAAGGUCAAAUGGGAUACGGAGGCUACGAUCAACGCGGUAAUUAUGGAGGCCGGGGACGUGGACGGAGGUGUCUAUCCUCCGUAACAUCAAGAACCUCACCCCCCCUCCUGGACCGUGUCCUGGUCCAGCGCAUCAAGCCCGAGACCAAGACUGCCUCCGGUAUCUUCCUCCCUGAGAGCAGUGUCAAGGAGCAGAACGAGGCCAAGGUUCUCGCCGUCGGCCCCGGUGCCUUCGACAAGGAUGGCAAGCGCCUUCCCAUGGGUGUUACCUCCGGCGACAAGGUCCUGAUCCCCAUGUUCGGUGGCAGCCCCAUCAAGGUUGGCGAGGAGGAGUUCACCCUUUUCCGUGACUCUGAGAUCCUUGCCAAGAUCAGCGAGUAA